AAAGCUGGGGGAAAAUUUGCAAAAAAAGCUUUGUUGGGAGGAGAGAGCAGCCGCUGAUCAGACACGCUUCCUUUCUUCAUUCAUCUUCCUUCCCUUUUUUAUACUCCUUAAUUGUUAGCUCAGACUCUUCUCUAUAUCUCUCUCUAUCCUCACCGCUGCCAUCGCCAAACCUUAUCUCUUACUUCUUCCUGAGUUUUGCUUCUUAUCCGGAUAGCUACAUGUCCUGAACUAGCAAUUUCAUGGGAGUUGUGGAGGAUACUGAACCUCCUUUUAAACGUGCCAAACUCCUCGCUGACGAACCCAACGGCAACUCUCCUUCCGUUAGAGCCACUAGUAGUGUGAACAACUCUUUGGGAGACCUGAUGGCGAGGCCUCUCACCUCCUCCUCCCAAGGGGAUGAUGAAACCAUCGGCUCCAAAGGCGUCAUUAAAAAAUCCGAAUUCGUCAGGAUCAUCACCAGAGCUCUUUAUUCGCUUGGGUACGGUAAAACCGGGGCUAUGCUGGAGGAAGAAUCCGGAAUCCCUAUGCAUCAGUCCGUCGUCAAGGCGUUUCUGCAGCAGGUUAAGGAAGGGAAAUGGGAUGAGAGUGUUGCGACGUUGCACAGAAUCGGGUUGGUAGAUGAAAAGGCGGUUAAAGCUGCGUCGUUUUUGCUGCUAGAGCAGAAGUUCUUUGAGCUUCUGAAGUUUGAGAAGGUAGCUGAUGCGUUAGGGACGUUAAGGAACGAGAUUGUGCCUCUUCGUGUUAAUACAAAGCGUGUUCAUGAGCUCGCUUCUGCACUUAUAUCACCUUCAAAGUUUAUGUCACUUAGCUCAUCGGGUAAAGGUAAAGAGAGUGUGAGUUCAAGGUCUAAGGUUUUGGAGGAGCUGCACAACUUGCUUCCUGCUUCUGUUAUGGUCCCGGAAAAGAGGUUGGAGUGUUUAGUUGAGAAUUCUCUUCGUAUUCAGCGGGAUUCUUGUGUUUACCAUAAUACUUUGGAUAGUGAUUUGUCUCUGUUUUCUGAUCAUCAAUGCGGGAAGCACCAGAUUCCUUCUCGGACUGUUCAGAUCUUGGAGUCGCACACUGAUGAAGUUUGGUUCUUGCAAUUCUCGCAUAAUGGCAAAUAUCUAGCUUCAUCGUCCAAGGACCAGGCCGCAAUUAUAUGGGAGAUCAAAGCCGAUGGGCAGUUUUCAUUGAAGCAUAAACUUGUGGGCCACCAGAAGCCCGUGACUGCGAUCUUAUGGAGUCCUGAUGAUCGUCAAGUUCUGACAUGUGGAGCAGAAGAGGUUAUCAGACGCUGGAAUGUUGAUUCAGGAGACUGUAUUCACACGUACGAAAAAGGCGGCAUCGGUCCCAUUUCUUGCGGAUGGUAUUCUGAUGGGCAGGGAAUCAUUGCCGGGAUGACAGACCGAAGCAUCUGCAUGUGGGACUUAGACGGUAGAGAGUUGGAAUGCUGGAAAGGCCAGAGGACGCAAAAAGUAUCAGAUAUAGCAAUGACGGAUGAUGGCAAGUGGGUCGUUAGUGUAUGCAAAGGUUCAGUGAUAUCCCUGUUUGAUAGGGAAGCGACAGUUGAGAGAUUGAUCGAAGAGGAAGACAUGAUUACAUCCUUCUCGCUUUCGAAUGAUAACAAAUAUCUUCUGGUAAAUCUCCUUAACCAGGAGAUCCGUCUCUGGAAUAUCGAAGGUGACCCCAAGAUUGUGAUGAGAUACAAAGGCCACAAGCGUUCACGGUUCCUCAUCAGGUCAUGCUUUGGUGGCUAUCAACAAGCUUUCAUCGCUAGUGGAAGCGAGGAUUCUCUGGUAUACAUAUGGCACAGAUCAACAGGGAAGUUAAUCAUUGAGCUACCAGGACAUGCAGGAGCGGUAAACUGCGUGAGCUGGAGCCCAACAAACCUUCACAUGUUGGCUUCAGCAAGCGAUGACGGCACCAUAAGGAUAUGGGGACUUGACAGGAUAAACCAACAGAACCAGAAGAAGCAAGUGCAAGCAAGUAGUAGCAAUGGUGUGCUUCACCGAUGCAAUGGGAACUGAUUAUGAUUUACCUUUUUCUUUUAAACUACUUAACAGUUAUGUUGUUUUCUUCCUUCAUCAAUCUCUUUUUCACUUUGUUUCCUUUGGCAUGGAAACAAAAGAAAAAAGCUGUUUUUAAUUAUGAACCCAUAAGUGGAAUGAAAAGAAAAUGCAAAUUGCAACAUUUAUUUCUUUUUUUA